AUGGAGCCAAAUUUGUUCUACAGGCAUCGAAUUUCAAACUUUUUACAAAGGCAAUUGGUGCUUUGGCGAAACUCUGGGGAGAUUCUCUACCUGGAACCGACUGAACAAGGGUUAAUGGUCCGUGCAUUCAACCGAACGGGAACAGCAUAUGCCGUCUUUUUGUUCAACACCCAUUUCUUCUCGGAGGUAGAACUCAACUCGAUCGAUUUAACCAAGGACAAUACUUGCAGACUGUCAAUGAAGGCAGCUCUUUCUACCUUCAAAUCGGCAAAUUUUUCCGAUCGGAACUUUUUGGCGUGCAACUUCCGGAUCGAUCCAGUGAAAGACUUCUUUCGAAUGGAAAUGCAAUUAGUGCACGAGGUGUGUCGGCUCUUUCAGUUAAACUUUAUGGAGCGAAAAUCUAUCAAGAAAGCGAUGACAGACAAACAAAAGCUCGCAAAUCUGGCCGUUUGUCCAGCGGAGACUUUGUUACCAUUGAUCGAUCAAGUCCAAAGUAAAAUCGAUGAAUUGAUAAUCCAUGCUAAACGCGAUCGAAUAUGCAUCAAAAACUUCAUGUUACAAUUAGCAGAGAAGAAACGAGCAAUCAAGUCAGAAGCUACGAUGUUGAGAGAUCAGUUUUUAAAACUCAAUGUUCGAAGGGAAACGGAAAUUGCUUUUAGCGCAAAAGAGUUCAAGGCCAUUAUUCAAUUCGCAUCGCAACACUCAGCCACUGUUAGUCUCUAUUUUGAUCAACCAUCAAAACCGAUAAUCAUUGCAAUUGAGGGAGAUCUCACUUAUGCGUCGGAGUUUCAUUUAUCGACGAUAGAAAUGGAUUACACUGGCUGUGACACGACGAAUGUUGAAAGAAGUUCCGCAAGAUCUUCUCAGAACAAUGGAAUCGGGUCACAGCAAGCUAGUGGUCUAAAUGGCUCUCAACAACAGCUUGAACACGACAGUUUUGACGAGGACGAGAAUAAUGUGCCACAAAGCAGUAAUAGAAUGCAAGCUGUAAUGGAACAAAAUGACGAAGGCUUAAUGAAUGAAAACGAUGAGCCAAUGCGAGAUUGUGAUGGUGUAAACGAUGAUGAUCCAGGAUUACCACCCACUCCUCCGUUUACCCAUCGAACGAAUUCUACCGCAAAUGAUAACGAUUUCUCGCAAUCGGCCCAGAACCACGAGAGAAUGGGCAUGGAUGAACUCGUGGCAGAAAAGCAACCACAAUCCGAUGUAGAAAGUAUACCUGGAAGUCCGCAGCCGCCACCUACAAAACGCGAUAAAAUAUUCCGGAAAUUCUUCAUGUCCCACGAGGCGGCCACUCAACAUGCCUCACAAGUCUCUACACAACCAACAUUCAUGGUCGACGAAACACAUUUU